GUUCAAAUCGAGUGCCAGCAGUUUACGCAUUGUUAUAGUUCCUGCUGCUUCUUGAGCUGAUAAGCGCUGUUAAACUAAUAUGAAAAAUAAGAUGAGCUUGCUGAUAAUUUGGCUCGUGUGUCUGCUACACGCUGACGUACUUCUAGCCCAGGAUGCGAAUGACACGCUGGAGUCAAGCGCUGACGAUGCGGAGCACGCGGCGGCAGAGGCGGGCAAAGUGCGCAUUGCCGCAACAGUGGCGGCCAUACUGGAGCACUAUAAGCAGGCAGAUCCAGUAGGCAUACCCAUUGUACAAGUGCCCGAUCCUUUAGAAACGCCUGAUAUGGACAAAAGCUUAGGCAUGGCCAAUCUUAAAAUGAUGCAGGUUAAGGCCUAUGGCUUGUCCAAGUUUCGCAUUGUUAGCGUCGAAGUAGAUGCAAAGUUAGCGCAGUUGAAUCUGGGCGUCAAUCUGGAUGAAAUGGUGGUCAGAGGCAACUAUCAGCUCAGCUCGUUUUUCUCCAAGGCCAAUGGCCCGUUUACGGUGCUGCUGAAGAAAGUUUUUGUCAAGGCAACCGCAACGCUGGCCGUGGAUAGCCAAGGUCAUCUGGCCACGGAUCGCAUUACUAUGGACAUGACUUUUGGUGACAUGUCCAUGGACUUUCAGAAUCUCGGCUUUCUAGGCAGUGUAUUCCAAGGAAUUAUCAACUCAUCGCCACAUUUGGUGUUCGACAGCAUGAAGCCGUUUAUGGUGCAAAAGGUGGAUCAGGAUGCACGCGCUGCCAUUGACAAAAUGUUGGAUGAAAAGCUGGGCGAUCGCCGCCUGCCCAACUCCAUUACGCCAGUGGACACAGCCAUUGCUAUGAUGCGCAAGAUGGUGCGCGAGAAGGGCUUCGAUCCAUACCAUUUGAGCAAUUUCAAUCGCACCAUGGGCGCCUUUAGCGUUCACCUGACCAACACCUGGAUUUAUGGCGUCUCCAACUUCUAUCGCGUUGGCAACAUAACCGUGUCCAUGUUCAACAAUACAGCAGGACUGCGUUUCCAGCUGGGCACACAGCAGAUUAGCGGCUCUACACAGUGGGAGGUGGGCGUGGCGCUUAUGUCGCGCAUUGGCCAUGUGCAGUUCAGUGUGCAGCAUCUGCGUGUAACUGUGGAGGCGCAUCAGCCGCUGGACACACGCCAGCGCAUAAAGAUCACAGAUCUGCAGCUGGACUUGGGCAACAUUCAAGUGCGCAGCGAUGGCGCCGGCACGCUGGAUUAUGUUAUGGAGUUCGGCGUCAAUGUGCUGCCCAAUUUGCUGCGCUAUCAGAUCAUGGAUGCCAUUGAGGGACCGCUGAUGCAGCGUGGUCAGGAGCUGUUCAACAAUAUCGAUUCCGAGCAGUUCAUUAAGGACUUUGCACAGAAAUAUGAAGAGACUGGCAAGAUGGAGUUCGAUGUGGGUGCCUUCAUGAAGGACUUAAAGUUUGACAUUUAAUUUGUUGCAGCCACUUUAAUAACUAAAUGCAUAAAUAAAACA